AUGCAACAUUUAGUCCUAGUAAAACCAAGUUCGGCACAUUUGGGUGUAAUGGAGCCGGAUGGUGGAUGGGACGUGGCGGGUCCAGAGCCAGUGUUGGAGGCCAGCUUCGACGGGCAUGCCGACUGGGUUAACGACUUGGCGUUGAUCGGGGACCUGCUGAUCACGUGCUCCAAUGAUCAAACAGUGCGGCUGUGGAAGGCGGGGUCGGAUAACGGUCAGCACCUGCACACGCUGUCGUACCACUCGGAUUACGUUACCUGCCUGGCAGCGGCGCCUGCUCGCAGUCUGGUGGUAUCUGCGGGGCUGCGGGCUGAGAUAUUUUUGCUCAAUAUAGAGCACGUCGCCAAAGACGCGCCGGGCUCUGUGUAUGCGUUGGAUCUGAACCCCACUGGCACGGUGGUGGCGGCGGGUACGAGCGAGGCGCUUGUACGGCUCUUAGAUCCCCGAAUUGGCAAGAAGAUUACGAAAUUGCGAGGGCACCAGGCGAGGGAGUGUAAGGGUGAGUGGGUGGGCGGGGCGGACCCCGAGCCGACGUCCCAAGCGAAGGCGGGGACGGGUGACUCUCAACUCCUUCCGCCACCACCACCACCACCACCACCACCACCCGGGUAUCCGGUCAGUGGUCAGAGCUUCCUAACCAACCAACCAACCAACCACAUCCUAACCACUUCGCCCCGAAACCAACUGCCCAACCAACCAACUAACAAGCAGGACACGGUUCGUGCGUUGUUGCUCAACGGUGAUGGUACGAUGUUGCUGAGUGGGGCCUCAGAUGGCACCAUCAAGUUGUGGGAUAUCGGCAUGCAGCGAUGUGUGCAGGCAGGCAUGCAGGUCACUUCCCACAUGGCAUACAGCAGUACUCCAAUAACGCUGUCGUACAAACAGUAUGCACACAUACGAAUAUUCCAUACAGGAAUACACUUGUGA